AUGUUCUCUGGCUCCUCGAGAGUAUCUAUCUUUUCUGCUGCUCCCAAAUUUCCUCGAGACAUCAUCUUGAGCCACUCGCCGCUCAGUGACAAGAUUACUGAUCGCUUCGUCCUCUUUACCGCUCCGACAAAGUUUGAUCCUCGAGGCAAAACGGUCGACGGUGGCAAGCAUCAAGCCUCCGAAGAGACAGUUCGUGGGAAGCGCACAGUCAUCUAUACUGGUAUUCCAGCGUACAAUGCUGUGGCUGGGAAAGACGCAGCAGACGAUGCCGAAGUCAUCUUUGCCAUUGCAACAACCUCCACACGCGUGAUGCACGACGAUUUCAUGCCUAAGCGUUACCUGGCAAACACAAAGACGAUGCUACUUCUGGUCAUGCCCAAUUCAGAUCAAGGAGAUUCAGCCAAAGUCCAGCGACAUCUUUCGGCCGAGUACAAUAUUCGUAGCUUGGUCUUGAGAGUUCCAGCAGAAGACGAGCAAGACCGCAAAUUCAACGUCAUGGGCAGCUUGAUGGAAUUUGCUGCAUACAAGGAAGGGCAGGGCGAUUACUACACCAUCAUCGACGACGACGUCUUCAUCCCUUCUUAUCCUGCCUUCUUGUCGGCCAUCAGCGCAGUCAACCCAUCGGAAAGUCAUGUGAUGGCUGAUGAGUCCAUCACAUCAUCCAAACGCUCGUCGACCCCGAUCGUCAUCACAAAGGGUCUUUUGAAACGGGCAUCAGCCGGCACCAAAUGGGACAAAUGCGUGGAAGCUGCUGCAAAGAUACGGUAUGCAGAUAAGAAGCUGGCCAAGUGCAUACAGCUUGUGCAGAAUCCAGAAGCACAAUCGCCAAAGAUUGACUUCAUCGAUGAGCUUUUACUCGAGGAGACCAUCAGCGAGCCGACGAGCCUACUAGAGUCAGGGGUGGCACCAGUCUCGAUGCGAGCCUUAUUCAAAUUUGGCGGUCUGCCCAUUGACGAGGAAAGCUUUGCAGAUGUUCUGUUCGGACGUCUCAAGGGAUUUUCGGCUGAAUCGGCAUUGACAAAGGUGUCAUUGCAGAAGGGAGAAUACGAUUAUACGCAUGGCUUCUCGAUCGUGCACAACUCAAAAGAGCGCUACUUCAUCAGCAAGGCCGUACCUUUCAAUGAGCCCCUUGGCAAGGGCGAGACUGUGAGCUGGCUCAGCAUGCUCUAUACAACAUCCAAAGGCAAGCAAGUUCAGGUGGACUGGGUACUGAACGGCAACAACCUCGAUACUGCAAGGGGAAAGUGA